GAGAAAAUUUCUAAAAAAUGUAAAUUCAAAUUACUGAAAUAAAGCCCAAUUGAGUGGAAUAGGCCCAUUUCUCUUUUUUCCCGCUUCAAAUUAAUUCAGUACCUAUUUCAAAAAACAGAGCUCUUCCGAGAAAUUCCGAUGGCGAUAUCCGAAGAAAAUGGCGAAUUGUCCCGCAAAAUUGCCAAGGUUUUCGACGAUGUUCGGACCUCGAACGCCAUCCACAUCCGCAAGCUCAAGGAGCUCGCCUCCCUCCGCUCUUCGUCGCCGCCGGCCGAAUUCUGCGCGGCGUUCUGCGGAGCCUUAACCCCACUCUUCAAUUUCCAGCGCCGCACCGCCUCCGCGGAACGUAUUAUCAAGUUCGCCUCCGUGUUCGCUUGCUCGCGCGGCGGGGGAGGCAAUUCCGGCGAUGGAUUUCUGGAGAAGUUCCUCAAUUUUCUUCUCGUGGCUGCUGCCGCAGCUAAUAGGACUCCGAGAUUUAGGGCUUGCCAGAUCGUUUCGGAGAUCAUUAUGCGGUUGCCAGAUGAUGCAGAAGUGAGCAGUGGACUUUGGGAUGAGGUGAUAGAGUGCAUGAAAUUACGUGUGUGUGAUAAGGUUCCUUCAGUCCGAACAUUUGCAGUCAGGGCUCUUGCACGCUUUGUAAAUGAUUCAGAGAACGACAUUCUUGAUUUGUUUCUUGAGAAACUGCCGUUCGAGCAGAAUGGGGAUGUUCGUAAAAUAGUUGUGUUGUCUUUGCCUCCUUCAAGUGCAACUUUGUUAACAAUUAUCGAUUGCACCCUGGAUGUGAGUGAAUCAGUAAGAAAGGCAGCAUACUUUGUUCUAGCCAGUAAAUUCCCGCUACAGAGCCUCAGCAUCAAGUUCAGAACAAAUAUACUUCAGAGGGGGCUUGCCGAUCGCUCCGCAGCUGUUGCAAAGGAGUGCUUGAGGAUGAUGAAAGAUGAAUGGCUUGAGAAAUGUUGCAAUGGAGACCCUAUAGAACUACUUAAAUAUCUUGAUGUUGAAACCUACGAAUCGGUUGGGGAAUCAGUAAUGACCAAUCUAUUGAAAGCAGGAUUGGUAAAAUUGCAAGAUGGUCAAACACUCCGUAAAUUUUUUAAAUCCAAUGGUGAUUCAGCAGAAGCAGGACCCUGCGAUCAUUCUAUUGAGCUAAUGGAAGCAGAAGUUGCUCUUUUCUGGAGAAUGGUCACUAAGCACCUGCACAUGGAAGCACAUAAAAAGGGAUCUGAUGCUGCUAUGGCUAAGGGCAUGGAAUCAGCAGUAUAUGCAGAGGAAGCUUCAGAUAGCAAUGAUCUUCUCGAUAAUAUUCUUCCCGCCACAAUUUCUGAAUAUGUUGAAUUGGUUAAUGCUCACAUUACUGCCGGGACAAAUCACCGGUUCGUGUCAAGGCAAUUGCUACUUCUUGGUACUAUGCUUGAUUUCUCCGAUACUUCAAACCGAAAGGUGGCCGGUGAAUUUGUUCAGGAUUUGUUGCAUAUAGCCCUCGAUCAUGAACUGGAUUAUAAUGGAAAUGAAGUAUUCAUUGGAGAUUGUUUUAAUUUGGGAGGGGAGAAACAUUGGGCUAACGCAGUUGCGGAAUUGACAAAGAAAGUCCAUACAGCAAAAGGAGAGUUUGAAGAAGUUGUUCUUACAGUGGUAGAAGAGGUGGCUCGGUCUUGUAGGGAGAGAACAGCAGACUGUAAACAGUGGCUGCACUGUCUUGCUCUCGUCGCACUUCUUUUCGAGAAUACAUCUUCCUUUCGCCAGAUGGAAGGAAAACCCAUUGACCCUAAUGAAAUUCUUCACUCUUUAUUGCUUCCAGGGGCGAAGCAUUCUAACUUGGAUGUACAGAGGGCUUCUAUUAGGUGCCUUGGCCUUUUCGGAGUGUUACAAAGAAAGCCUACCGAGGAUAUAGUAAAGCAAUUAAGAUGUUCGUUUAUCAAGGGUCCUCCCACAGUUACAAUAAUUGCUUCUAAGGCAUUACUCGAUCUUGCAGUAUGGCACGGCCCACAUGAAAUGGACAAAGCCAUGAACUGCAAUCUCUCUAAAACGUCUUCUUCGACCCCUGUUGAGUUUUGCAGUGGAAGCGAAGAUGUGGAUAUUGAACUUCUUGAUUUAUUACACGUUGGGCUUGAACAUGAUUGGGCCGAUUUUGUAGACGUUGACGAGAAUCGGUCAAUUGAAGAUAUUCUUGGAGAAGGUUUGGCGAAAAUACUUCUGUUGAGUAAUAAGUUUCCUGGAUCACUUGCUUCAGAACAUCACUUGUUAUUAGCAAAGCUCAUUAGUCUGUACUUCAGCAGCGAAAAUGAGGAGCUUCAAAGGUUGAAACAAUGCCUGUCGGUUUUCUUCGAGCAUUAUCCAUCCCUUUCUGCAAAUCACAAGAAAUGUUUAUCGAAGGCUUUUAUGCCAGUUAUCCGUUCAUUGUGGCCUGGUAUAAAUGGAAAUGUCGCAGGGUCUACUAUGAUGGUGUCUAAUAUGCGUAAGCGUGCUAUGCAAGCUUCACGUUUUAUGCUGCAAAUGAUGCAAGUUCCUGUAUUUGUAAAGGAGACUACAAAAUCAGACGAAAAUAUAAGUGAGAAUCCUGAUGCUGAGACAGAUUCCUUACCUGAUUUCGAGAGUGGAGAGGAAGGGCUUGCUAUACGCAUUGCAGUCGAGGUGGCUAGCUUCAAUCGCAAGAAAACAGCUGCAGAAAAAUCAUAUGUGGCUGCACUUUGUAAAACACUCGUCUCGCUUCAAUUUCGGGUAUCGGAACAAAUGGUCAUAAAACUCAUGCAGAGGAUUUUGAACCGCGUGAGUGUAGUUGUCGCAGCUGAAAAGGAUCUGACUAAAGAAUUGAGGCAGAUGUUUGAACGCUUGCAGGCGAUUGACAGCUGUCCAGAUGAGAAAUUGUCGCCGGAGCAAACUAAUAUGAUUUUAGGUAAGUUGGAUCUAGAAAUCAACUUCGAUGUGGAAGAAAUUACGGAAGUGCCCCCAACUCCAGCACCGCAAUCAACACGUCAAAACCGGUCAAGAAGAAGACGAGCAAAGGACGAAGAAUCAUCUUCAUCCGACGAAGAAGUUUCUCCUACUUCCGUAGUUCCUACUACACCUGUUGUGACUAACAGCCGUUCUCAAAGGGCGAGCAAGACGAUUGCGCUGAGCAGAAUGACAGCUAAGACUACAGUUACAAUAGACGAAGAUGAUGAUGAAGAUGACGACGACGACGUCGAUUCGGAUGUGACUUCUGACGAUGAUUCUUGAAUCUUUUGAAGUAAGUCUGCAGGUGUGGUUAACUAUUUUGUUAACUUUAUCUAUUUUGCAGAAUUAUUAGUGUGUUGUUUGUGAAAUUGGUGUGAUGACUAGUGAAAGUUGUGCAUCUCGUACAAGGUAGCGGAAAACAAUGACGAUCUUUUGUGUAGUUUGAUGUAAUGUUUUGUAUGUGUUAGAGUAUUCUAUGCUGAUUUGAAUGAUGAUCUUCGACUCCGAUGCGAUUCAUCGGAAACUCCGUUGUCUUUCAGCCCAAAAUGCUAGUGGGUUUUGUGUUUAUGGUUGGUUAAGUAGCGCUUCAUCCAUUUCAAAAUAAGUGUCACUUCGAUC